CUAGGCAUCGGGACUGUGCCAUGGCCACCCUGCGUGUCCUCCUGCCCCACGUCUGCGGCCCGCUGCGGCCCCGGGCCAGCUGCUCGAUGCUGCGCUCCUUCGCCUCGGGUGGCAACUUGGAGUACAUCACCAUGGAGAAGACAGGAAAGGGCGGCAGUGUGGGACUAAUCCAGCUGAACCGACCCAAGGUUCUGAACGCACUGUGUGACAGCCUCGUGGUGGAGCUGAACCAGGCACUGGAGGCGUUCGAAGGGGACCCGGCUGUGGGGGCCAUCGUCCUCACGGGCGGGGAGAAGGCCUUUGCAGCGGGAGCUGACAUCAAGGAGAUGCAGAACCGGACAUUCCAGGACUGUUACUCCGCUGGGUUCCUCAGCCACUGGGACCGAGUAGCCAGAAUCAGGAAGCCCGUGAUCGCGGCCGUCAAUGGCUAUGCACUGGGUGGUGGCUGCGAGCUGGCCAUGAUGUGUGACAUCAUCUACGCAGGGGAGAAGGCGCAAUUUGGGCAGCCCGAGAUCCUCCUAGGAACCAUCCCAGGUGCCGGGGGCACACAGAGGCUCACUCGGGCAGUUGGGAAGUCGCUGGCCAUGGAGAUGGUCCUCACCGGUGACCGGAUCUCAGCCCAGGAGGCCAAGCAGGCAGGUCUCGUGAGCAAGGUUUUCCCUGUGGAGACCCUGGUUGAGGAAGCCAUCCGGUGUGCGGAAAAAAUCGCCAGCAACUCCAAAAUCGUGGUGGCAAUGGCCAAGGAGUCAGUCAGUGCAGGUGGUGUGAUCGAAAAUUUGCCAUCCCGGUGUGUAUGGACCGGUCACUGACUUUGGAACGUGAAUGUGUCCUCGGGCGAGUUCCGUCACCUCUGGGGCCUGAAGUUGGAGCAGCUGAUGUUUGUGACGUCGCUCCGCUAGGGGACCUGCGUAUAUUCAAAACCCACUGCCCUCAAGCCGAUUCCGACUCACGGUGUCCCCAAAGAACAGAGCAGAACCGUCCCUGUGGGCUUCAGACUCACUCUUUAAAGGGACAGACAGCUGCAUCUUUCUCCUGGGGAGCAGCAGAUGGUUCAAACCUCUGGCUUUGUGGGGAACAGCCCAGCCCUAACCCCGCACCACCAGGGCUCCCAGACCCGCACACUCCGCAUGUUCCAUAGGCCCUGUCUGCAGGGCUGGUCGAAAGCACCUUGUGGCUUAAUUCCAUGCCACUGGAGUUAUAUGUGGAUUAAAAACAUGCUGUCUGUGGACCCGCUUAUUCUCAGGAUGAGGGCCCAGGCCUUGCCCAGCCUGACCAGUUAACCGCCACGCCUCUGUGGGCAGGGGCACCCCAGCAGCUGGUUCUGAGGUGGUCUCGGUGGGGGAUUUGGAAGAUGUGGGAACCAAGGAGGCAGGAAAAUGGAGCAAGAAUGGGGUUGCUGUAAUGUUUCAGAUCCCAGUGGAAUUGGGUGGUGGGUGCAGGGGGGUGAGAGCCCCAUUUUGCCAGCUCAGCUCCUAACACCCAGAUUUUCUC